AUGGGGUUGAUCUAUACGAUCGGUAGACUAGGUAUUGCUUCAAUCAUUAGAGAGAGCACUUUUAAAGCCACAUAUCUUAAUGGACUUGUUCAAAUACGUAAUGCUACUAAAAAAGUUUCUGGCUCAAAGACCAAUAAGAAUGAUUCCGCAGGUAGAAGAUUGGGACCUAAAGUUUAUGAAGGCCAUUUUGUUAAGCCAGGACAAAUCAUCAUGAGGCAGAGGGGUACAAAGGUUCAUCCGGGUGAGAAUACUGAUAUAGGAAAAGAUCAUACAAUUUAUGCUGUUGAACCUGGUUAUGUACGUUUUUAUUAUAACCCAUUUCACCCUUUAAGAAAGUUCGUGGGUGUUGCAUUAAAGAAAAGUUUGUCGUUACCCACUCCUCACUUUGAGCCGAGGGUGAGGAGAUUUGGAUAUGAGGUUAUUAGUGACCCUUCUAAAGCAGAACAAGAGGAAAACAGAAUGUCAAGAAAAGAGCUUUUACAGCAGGAAGAAUUGAAGAGUAUUGAAUCAGCCAAGCGUGAGUUUCUCGUUGCAAAAGCUUCAAGCUAUAAAGAAGGUUUGAAGCUGAAGUUUAAACUUGAUUUUAAAGAAGACGAAUUAGAGAUAGCGGCCUCGAGGUUGUUAAAUAUAUCUCAGCUACUCGAUGUGGGUCUUUCAUUUGAAGAAGCAAGAGUCCAGGCAACAUAUAAUUAUAUCCAUAGCUUGUCUUUGUCUUUUAAGAGAGGAGAAUUAGCCGCCGGUGAUUUAGAAGCUUCAAAGACUAGCUACUUGAAUUUUAUAAACAGGUUAGAUGCCGAUGUCAUGAUUGAUGGCAGGGGAUUGUUGUGUAGACACGUCGAUUCAAUCUACAGAGACCAAAAACAAAAAGAAAUAAUAGACGAAUUGAGAACCCUUACUUACAAUAAGAUUUUGUAUGGCGAAGACAGAAAAAACGCUCUUGAGCUCAUAGAAACCCCAGGUAUAUUUUUAAAGCAUGAACAAGAGAAUUUGAAAGAUCAUUAUCUUCCUAAGAUCGCUCCUUCUGUAGCAUCUGUCAUAGAAGAAAAUGCUGCAGUUAGCAACCCAGGAGACCUAGUCAUUUCAAGGGUGUUCGAUGAGGCUAAGAAAUCAGUAAGAUCCGUUAGAAGAUCUAAAGAACUAUUCGACAUCAACUAG